ACUCCUUGCGCUACUCCCUGAGGGCCUCCACUUCCGGGUUUCGAACCUGCAAAAACAUGACUUCUUCCACUGGUCUUAAAAGACGGAUUGAAGACAAGGAAACGAACCAGAAGAAGGCAAGGUACGACCUGAAACGAACUGAAGAUUUCAGCGGUGGAAGAGCGGCGUUCGAGGUUUACCCGAUAUCGAGAUUCGAUCUGCCGUUUCCUAACUACAGACAGCCUUCCGAGGUGGGCGUUUUCUCUCUGGACGCAGAGAGGGAGUUUCACAACGACGGGCGUAAACUUCGGUAUUACAUUGUCCCUCCAGAUCCCAAACAUGUGAGCUUUGACCUAACGGAGGGUUACGACACAUUGAUCAAAAGAGAUGAAGACGAAAAGGAACGGUUAGAUCACCUCUUAAGGUGGAUUCUAAAGAACAGGAGGAAAUUCUUACUUGCCAGAAGAUCGAUUUCUACCAGCUCUGAGACUAGUGAUCAAGAACCUGGAGCCGAUCAUGCAGAAAGUGACAGCCAGCUGCACACAGACUUCAUCGCGUGGCGCGGACACUUCACCAAGAUCCUCUGUACGCCAUACGAGAACCAGGACGGCUGGACCAUGGCCGUGUCAAAGUUCAACGGGACCUGGUACAUCAGCGAGGUGGAGACGCCAGAGCAGCGAGACCGGAGAGUCAACAUGGCGGACAGACAGCGCGAGAUGACAUACUGGGGGUACAAGUUUGAACAGUAUCUCACAGCUGGUGAACCACACGGGAAGCCAGAGAUGUCGGACCCAGUCAACACGAACGAGGCGUUCUGCACGGUCAUCAGAACGAGGCUCAACACGCACUCGCUGGUGUUCUCAGGGGAGGUGGACUGCAGGUUGGCUGACGGUCACAUGAGGGCGCCCCAGUGCUACAUCGAACUGAAGACAAGCCGAGAGAUGUAUAAACCCAACCAGCAGAGGAACUUCAGGAGGUGCUUGUUUUGUGAAUUGUACUUCUGA